AUGGAUAUCGAUGACUUUGGCUCCGCAACUGUGAUAUGCCCGCGCCAGGUCAACGACACCGAGUAUGUAUGGCAUCCUCAACCGAAUUCGGGUGGAAACGGUUUCCUAAACACAUACGGUUUUGUAGACGGCAAGUUGCGUUCUGUUGCCCUCUCCGAUGUAGUGAUAACCGACGAACCAGGUGAUAAUAUCUGGGUGGAAUCGAACGAGGCAGCUGCCAUUCUAAAUUUCAACCUAAGGGAUGAUGACGAUAUAUAUGUCGUUACCGAACGCCGUUCUAUAUUCAUCUGUGGACCGCGAGAUAUGAUUUUGAGUGAUGCGCUGCAGCGUCACCUUGACGGAAUUAAUGGUACCAUCCAAGCUCAAGGAUUCCCUUGGAGCCCAUCCACUCCAUUGACUCAGGAGAUUAACAAGAUAGGGAGUGGUUUGGGUGUGUUUUUCAUGUACAGAGGACGUGUUCAUAUGCCGCUUCAGGGCUGCGGCAGCCGUCCCUCACCGCUAUUCGCUCCGGACAAUGAGGUGACAGUGGAUCCCGUCACAGGCACGCGUUCUUGUGUAGUCGAUCCCAUAUCCGAAGCACGCAUAGGUUUUGUUUGCGAAGGCAGGAUAGAACCUGAUGAUUGCAUGAGGUACCUCUUGGAUACGAAUGGCGACGUUGUGCGUGUGCCUCCACCAUACCCUCAUUUGAGUUUUGAUUUCCACAGACCUUGGGUGGUAACCCAAUAUUUCAGUCUUCUAGCUUUACCGCCAAUUAACGGAGAAUGCAAGUGUCUAAACCCUAAAACCGGUCAAGUGAAUGCCAAGAUUGAGAUUCGUUCGAAAGCUGACUACGUUUGUGAUAUUUCCAGCAAACUCUUCCGUAACCGUUCGCAACCCAUCCGUGGACCUUGGUGUUCGGUAAUCCUCCAGCCAGGUGGCUCAUUGACCAUAAGGUUGCCAAUAAAAAAUGUCUAUGCGGAGCCUGCCGACGAGGAGGCCUCCACUGUCACAUUCUCUCAAAUGAUGUCUCUCUAUGAAUACGAAACUGAAUUUCGGCCGGAGGACUUGACUACACUGAGGCAAUUAAGUGUACCCUAUGAUGUUGACAUGUACAACGAGAUACCGUACCACAGUGCCCUGGUUGGUGAUGCCCUUGAGCUGGAUGUUUCUCAAAUGCAUCGUGGAGAAGUAAAACUGAAAUACCAUUCAGGCAAGCCCCUCGCGCUACGAAGCGGAUUAAACUCGUUCUUUUAUAAUUGGACAUUAAAAUCUAGAAACAAGAAUGUCUUGGAAAGGAUAAGCGCUAUCGUCAAUGUCUCUUUCGCGUUUACUCAUUAUUAUGAUAUUGUUGGCUGCGACCUAGGGACGCAAAGUUUGUUUGAUCCGGAGAAGAGUAAAAGUUGUUGUUCAACCAAAUCUAUGGAGAACGGUAUAGGUAGUGUCUACGAAUGCCUGUACCAUGAAACUCCACAUGUUGGUUGGGUUGGUAUUCGCUGCGGACCAAAUGAGGAGCUGUUGCCAAACAACUGUGAAUCAACAGGAUACGACCUAUACUCAAAUCAAAUAACGCCAUUUCCGAAAUCAUUGCGUUCUGAUACGCCUUACCCCAUAGGAGGAUUUCAGAUGUUCCGCAUGGACUUCCAAGAUACCGCUAUUGGCUACGCCUGUAUAUGUGUCGACCAACGUGGAUACGAAACAUCCAAGCUUAUUUUAGAGUAUAAUAAAAACACUUUCUACCGCUAUAAAGUGUACCGCCCAGAGCGAUCUCACACUUCACUUCCUUACAUAUUGCUGCCAUGGCGUGAAAUCGGGUUAUCAAUAGAAGGAUUUACAUCACCCGAAUCUGUUAUGAUACGCCAUGUACCGCAGACAGCCAUUACAAUACAAGCAGGCAAAACUUUGUCACUGUAUUGUGAAUUGGAUUUGGAUGCGCUCCAAGGAAUUUUAGAGCUUUUAAACAUUCAUCGCAACUCGGCAAGGGAAACAUUGAAAUGGUUACCGGAAAGACCUGAUGAAUUUUAUUAUGCAGUAGAACGUACGCCAAAUGGACCUGAGUUUGUUCGCAGGAGAUACAUAGAUUCCAUGGCCGCAACUCAGGCUGCAUUUGAAGUCGUUUACCAAGCAAAUCCUAGGAGUCCUAGAUAUCCAGAAUUGACAAUAAAAACACGCAGAAGCGCUGUCUUGAUUUCCAAAGAACCGCUGCACAAGCAAUACGUGCCCAUGACGUUCCUCUGCGGUAAAUUGAUCGAACCAGCGGAUGUAUCUAUCACCGCAGGCGACGUUCCCACAUCGUCAACUGCCAAUGUCGUAAGAUCCGCGGUAGAAUACACGUGGAAUAUCGUUAAUGUUAACGUCGAGACCACGGACCCAUACAUGCAGGGCUGCGGCGUUACGUACUCGUCAGAUGAGCUGUUCAAACCUGAGACACCUCCACUCUACGGCGGUGAUGGGAAGUCUCAGUUCGGUUGCAAGGUCGAUCUUCAAGCUGCCAAGGAAGCCGCGUUCUACUGCCCAGCGCCGUACGUUCUUGACCCACCUAACUGCUUCAGCCAGGUCUACGUGGACGGUGAAGUGACUAACCUAGGCGGUCUCAGCCAGUCAUUGUCGGCCUCACGUUCUAACCACUUCGUCAUCCUGGAGUUCAACGAUUCACUCGUUGGACCCGGGGAAGCGCUGCGCCAGACGCCGCCAUUGGAGUGCCGCUGCGUCACCGUCAAGGGCGCCGUACUCUCAACCAUCCAGAUAGAGAACUACUACUCAAAGUAA